AUGUCGAGUCCCUUUGGCGAGCCCCCGAUAGGCAUUAAUCUCGCUGAGAACCAUACGCCUCGGAACAAUGCCACUGUAGUCUGCAUGUUUGGACUAGCAGCGGUGGCAGUUGCUCUGCGAGUGAUUGCGAGGAUCAGGGUUCAGCAUUCGCGGAUUGCCGCUGAUGAUUAUUUUAUCUUCGUAGCGCUGCUUGCCGUUAUAGCAACGCUGGUCUGUACAAUUAUGGGUACCCAUGGCUUAGGGAAGCAUGUCUGGGUGGUUCCUCUGGAAGAUGUGAUUGCCAUCAUGAAGGUCCUGUUUGCAUAUGUGCUCGCCUACGUUUUCACCAUUCCCCUAAUUAAAAUGUCAAUCAUCUGCUUUUACCGGCGCAUUUUCGGAAUGAACGCAGCGAUGUGGUUCUGCGUCUUCUUGACACUGGGUUACUGCAUUUCUUGCACGGUCGCAUUCCUGUCCUGCUGCCGUCCCUUGUCCUAUUUUUGGACGCAAUACAGAGAUCCCAAUGGAGGAAAAUGUGUGUUCGACCUGUAUCGAUUUUAUAUCGGUAACGCCGUCGCCAACCUGAUCACCGACGUGGUGAUCUUGCUUGUCCCUAUCCCCGUAGUCUGGAGACUUCAGAUGCCGACGGCGUUGAAGGUGAUGGUGUCGUCAAUAUUCAUUCUAGGAGGAUUUGUCUGCAUAGCAAGUCUUGUUAGGAUCUACUUUAUGACCUUCCUCAACUCGUCCCUGGAUAUUACCUGGAUUAUGGGCGACGUAUUUAUCUGGUCAAGCGUCGAACCCUGCGUCGGCAUCCUCUGUGCCUGUUUGCCAACUAUCCGACCAUUGCUGCGGUCAGCCUUCCGACUCCUUCUGGGAUCACUCAAAGCUGAGAGGACAUUUGGACCUUGCAGCUCCGACGACGAUGUGAACGAACUGCAAAGCCAGUAUUUUCAACGGCCAGUGUCCAUCGGACCUUGCUCGCCACGUUCGGAAGAGGGGGAGAUAAUAUUGAUAAAGUCUAUUACUCACGUUGAGGUCAUCGGAUCCUUUCAUGAUGGGACCUCAGACGAGGAUUGCGAUCAAGACCCGUUGUCCAUCAAAGUUAGAAAGGAGUUUCAAUGGUCGGUAGAGCACAACUAA